CCGAAUUCUGUGCUAUAAAAAUCAUAAAAUCUCAGCGAUCCAAAAGCAGACUGCUGUUUGCUGGAGUCUUCGCUAGUAUAUUUGGUGCGGUGAGGUGAUCUCUGCCAUGGACGACGAUUUCGAGUUCGGCGAUAAGGUUAGGAAUGCUGAAGCCAGAGGAUUCAACCCAGGAUUGAUAGUGCUGUUAGUUGUAGUGGGGCUGCUGUUGAUAUUUCUUGUAGGCAAUUAUGCACUGUACAUGUAUGCGCAGAAGAACCUACCCCCCAGAAAGAAGAAGCCCAUCUCAAAGAAGAAGAUGAAAAGAGAAAGACUGAAGCAAGGUGUCUCAGCUCCUGGAGAGUAGGAAUUUAAGAAAUGCUUUUGGUUCUCCUCCUUGUCAAACAGUCUGUAUUCAGAAUUUUUCUCCAGAUUUGUGUUUUUUUCCUAAUUUAUUGGUUAGAGAUUUUAUCUCUUAAUUAGAAGUUGACCCUAUAGUUGGGUAGACUCGGAGGUAAAAAUGUUGUUUUCCCAGCAGAAAAUCUUUACUGUUGAACUUAAAAAUAGAAAAGCUUUGCAUGAACA